CGAUACUCGCCAUGCAGUUCCGCACCUUUGUAAUUCUCUCUGCCUUCGUGUUGGGGGCACAUUCCCGAGCUGUCGCUCGUGGAUAUGAGGAUGCAAGCGUGGCGUAUCUCGACAAGCGCGUUCCCCACUCGUACGGGAUCGACGCAGAUGAGACCCUCGACAAACGCGUUCCCCACUCGUACGGAAUCGACGCAGAUGAGACCCUCGACAAACGCGUUCCCCACUCGUAUGGCAUCGAUGCCGAUGAGACCCUUGACAAGCGCGUUCCCCACUCGUAUGGCAUCGACGCAGAUGAGACCCUCGACAAACGCGUUCCCCACUCGUACGGAAUCGACGCAGAUGAGACCCUCGACAAACGCGUUCCUCACUCGUACGGAAUCGACGCAGAUGAGACCCUUGACAAGCGCGUUCCCCACUCGUAUGGUAUCGAUGCGGAUGAGACCCUCGAUAAACGCGUUCCCCACUCGUAUGGUAUCGAUGCGGAUGAGACCCUCGACAAGCGCGUUCCUCACUCGUACGGUAUCGACGCCGACGAGACCCUCGACAAACGCGUUCCUCACUCGUACGGAAUCGACGCGGAUGAGACCCUUGACAAGCGCGUUCCCCACUCGUAUGGCAUCGAUGCGGAUGAGACCCUCGACAAGCGCGUUCCUCACUCGUACGGCAUCGAUGCGGAUGAGACCCUCGAUAAACGCGUUCCCCACUCGUAUGGUAUCGAUGCGGAUGAGACCCUCGACAAGCGCGUUCCUCACUCGUACGGUAUCGACGCCGACGAGACCAUCGACAAACGCGUUCCUCACUCGUACGGAAUCGACGCGGAUGAGACCCUUGACAAGCGCGUUCCCCACUCGUAUGGCAUCGAUGCGGAUGAGGCCCUUGACAAGCGCGUUCCUCACUCGUACGGAAUCGACGCAGAUGAGGAACUCAACUGAGCGUCU